GACAGCAUCACUUCCUUGAUUUCACGGGACAGAGAGCGAGUCUCCUCCCACUCGAGUGGCAUAUUGGUGAGAAAAAGCCUCGUUUGUUUCCACAGGAAGAAGUUGAAAACAUGAAGAAACGCGACAGUUAGACGAUUCACAACUCAAAAGUCACAGGCUCAGCAGCACGUCUCUUCUCCGGACGGCUGGAUUACAAUGUGUUACUAUCAAAGCGAAGAAACAAGUGGCUUGAGACACUGAGUCGACUGGACACAUUGCACUGGAUCAGAGGGGUUAAAGUAUCGGAAAAUCUACUGAAACGUUUGCAGAUAUGUCGGAACACAGGUCCUGUUUCCUUCACAUUGGGGAUAUCGUGUCUCUGUAUGCUGAGGGAACUGUCAAUGGAUUUAUCAGCACUUUAGGGUUGGUGGAUGACAGAUGUGUGGUGCAACCAGGGGUUGGGGAUCUUACAAACCCACCGAAAAAAUUCAGAGAUUGUCUCUUCAAGGUGUGUCCUAUGAAUAGGUACUCUGCACAGAGACAGUUCUGGAAGGCAAAACAGGGGAAACAUGGGAACAACACACAGGGAGAUCUCUUCAAGAAAUUACAGCAUGCAGCGGAACUGGAGCAGAAACAAAAUGACACUGAGAACAAGAAAUUGUUGGGAGAGGUUGUCAAAUAUAGUCGGGUUAUACAGCUUCUCCAUAUUAAGAGUAAUAAGUACCUGACAGUGAAUAAGCGUCUUCCGGCCCUGCUGGAGAAGAACGCCAUGCGCGUGUCUCUGGACCCUUCAGGAAACGAGGGCUCCUGGUUCUACAUCCAGCCUUUUUGGAAGCUACGCAGCGAAGGAGACAAUGUGGUGGUUGGAGAUAAAGUGGUUCUAAUGCCUGUAAACGCAGGGCAGCCUCUCCACGCCAGCAACAUCGAACUCCUGGAUAACCGUGGCUGCAAAGAGGUUAACGCUUUGAACUGCAACACCAGUUGGAAGGUCACUCUUUUCAUGAAAUUCAGUGAAUACAGAGAUGACGUAUUAAAAGGGGGGGAUGUGGUGAGGUUGUUUCAUGCCGAGCAAGAAAAGUUUCUUACUUGUGAUGAGUACAAAAAGCAACAGUAUGUCUUCUUAAGAACCACUCUCCGCCAAUCAGCAACCUCCGCCACCAGUUCAAAAGCACUAUGGGAAGUGGAGGUUGUCCACUAUGACCCCUGCAGAGGAGGAGCUGGCCAGUGGAACAGCCUGUUUCGCUUCAAACACCUCGCCACAGGACACUACCUUGCGGCGGAGGUGAAUCCUGAUUUCAAAGAUCGUACCGACAGUAUCAGCACCAAAAACGAGACCAACACAGACAAUUUGUACUCUAAAAAGAAGUGGCAGGCUGACAAGAUCCCCUACACCCUUGUUGCAGUGCCCCAUGGCAAUGACAUUGCCUCUCUUUUUGAACUGGAUGCCACCACCUUACAGCGGGCAGACUGCCUAGUUCCCAGGAAUUCCUAUGUGAGACUCAGGAACUUGUGCACAAACACUUGGGUGACCAGUACUAACAUUCCCAUUGAUGUUGAGGAGGAACGACCCGUUAUGCUCAAGAUCGGCACCUGCCGCAUGAAGGAGGACAAGGAGGCGUUCUCCAUUAAUUCUGUCCCCCUGUCAGAAGUCAGGGAUUUGGAUUUUGCCAAUGAUGCCAACAAGGUCUUGGAGAUGUUUGUGCGUAUUUUGGGGAUCAGCAAUUUCGCAGUAGCAAAUGAACGCAGGUUUACUAUUAAGCUUUUGGAGGAUUUGAUCUUCUUUGUGUGCGAUGUGCCGAACAACGGACAGGACGUGCUGUCUGUGGUCAUCUCAAACCCCAACAGAGAGAGGCAGAAACUCAUGAGAGAGCAGAACAUCCUGGCACAGAUCUUUGGAAUUCUUAAAGCCCCAUUUUCUGAGGUUAAAGACUCGUCCAUGCCGAAGCUGGAAGAUAUGGGGGAGCAGCGCAAUGCUUUAUUUAAGUACAUGCUACAACUGUGUUACAGAAUUCUGCGCCAUUCCCAACAAGAUUACCGCAAGAAUCAGGAGUACAUAGCCAAGAAUUUUUCCAUCAUGCAGGCUCAAAUCGGCUAUGAGAUCCUGGCCGAAGAUACAAUCACUGCUCUCCUGCACAACAACCGCAAACUGUUAGAGAAACACAUCACUGCACGUGAGAUUGAGACCUUUGUCAAACUUCUGCGCAGGAACCGAGAGCCCAGGUUUCUGGAUUAUUUGUCUGACCUGUGCGUCUCCAACAAAACAGCCAUUCCUGUCACUCAGGAACUGAUUUGCAAAUUCAUGCUGAACCCCACCAACGCAGACAUCCUCAUCCAGACCAAACUGAUCCCACACACAGAGACCUCUCUAGAGUCAUCUUUAAUCCAGGAGGAUGGUGAUGAUGAAGAGGUAUGGCUAUACUGGAUUGAUAACCACAAAGAGCCUCAUGGGAAGUCCAUCCGCCACCUGGCUCAGGAUGCCAAGGAUGGACAAAAAUUAUACGUUGACAUCAUCACCUACUACAGGUGUCAGCUCAAUCUUUUUGCUAAAAUGUGCCUGGAUCGGCAGUAUCUGGCCAUCAAUCAGAUUUCCAAUCAGCUGCCAGUAGAUCUAAUCCUCCGCUGCAUGUUUGAUGACUGCCUGCCUUACAACCUGCGUGCCUCAUUUUGUCGUCUAAUGCUGCACAUGCAUGUGGACCGCGACCCGCAGGAGGCCGUGGUUCCUGUUCGCUAUGCGCGCCUCUGGACUGAGAUACCCUCCAAGAUCUCUGUCAAUGAGUAUGACUAUGAGUUCAGAGACACAUCCAGAGAGGACAUGAAGAGAAAGUUUGCCCCUACUAUGCAUUUUGUGGAUGAAUAUCUCAAAGAUGUGGUCAGUCAGCCUGAUCCCUUUGGAGACAGAGAGAAGAAUGAAUUGACCCUUGAGGUGGUGCACCUGGCACGUAACCUGGUCUACUUUGGCUUCUACAGUUUUAAUGAGCUGCUGUGCCUCACACGCACCCUGCUGGCCAUCCUGGACAUUGUCCAACCCACUUCCACAUUUAUGUUCAAACUCAACAAGGGCCCUGAGGGAGGUAAUAAUGUCAUGCGUACCAUCCACGGUGUGGGUGAGAUGGUGACUCAGAUGGUUCUGAGCAGAGGCUUGAUGAUGCCCCACUGUCUCCCUGAUGCUCAGCCAAUCCACGGAAAGCAAAUCUGUCUCCCUGACAACGAGAACGUCAUGGUGAUGGACACCAAGCUCAGGAUUAUUGAGAUUCUGCAGUUCAUUCUGAAUGUACGUCUCGAUUACCGCAUCACCUAUCUGCUGUCUAUCUAUAAAAAAGAGUUUGGCGACCAGACUUUGGACACUUCUGCUUCAGUGGCAGAAGUUCCUGUCAUGGCUGAGCCAAACAUUGAGGAGAUUGCGGAGAAAGCAGAGAAUAUGUUUUCAGGGAGUGCUAAGGAGAGGAACUCGGUGGACCUCGAUGAUGAAGGCGGUCAGACGUUUCUGCGGGUGCUUAUUCACCUCAUCAUGCAGGACUACCCUCCGCUGGUUUCCGGCUCUCUUCAGCUCAUCUUCAAACACUUCAGCCAGAGAGCCGAACUUUUGCAGGCCUUCAAACAGGUCCAGUUGCUGGUUUCUGAGGAGGAUGUGGAGAAUUAUAAGAAGAUUAAGGCAAGUCUGGACCAGCUGCGGCUGACAGUGGAGAAGUCUGAGCUCUGGGUUGAGAAGAGUGGAGGUUACAGCAGUGAAGACAUUGCUGAGAAUCAAAACAAAGAGCAGAAUUUGGAGGAAGCAGGUAUCUUGAGCCCAGUGCAGGAUGGGAGCAGUAAACCUCAAAUAGAUAGCAACAAAGCCAACAACUACAAAAUUGUCAAAGAGAUCCUGCUGAGUCUCAGUAAACUCUGCUCUCCUGGUAAGAAGAUUCGUGUGCAGCAGCAGAGGUUGUUGAAGAACAUGGGAGCUCACACUGUGGUGCUAGACCUCCUCCAGAUCCCAUAUGAGAAGGGGGACGAAAAGAUGGACGAGAUCAUGUCUCUAGCCCACACUUUCCUUCAGUACUUCUGCAGAGAUAAUCCUCAGAACCAGGCGCUGCUGCACAAACACCUCAACCUCUUCCUCACCCCUGGGCUUCUGGAGGCAAAAUCCAUGUGCUACAUCUUCAGGAACAACUACCACCUGUGCAAUGAGAUCAGCGACCGCGUGGUGCAUCACUUCGUGCACUGCAUUGAGACCCACGGCCGUCACGUGCAGUACCUGUGCUUCCUCCAAACCAUUGUGAAAGCCGAUGGCAAAUACGUGAAGGAAUGUCAAUGCAAAGUCAUGAAUGAGCUGGUGAAUGGAGGAGAAGAUGUGUUGGUUUUCUACAAUGACCGUGCCUCUUUCCCGGUGCUGCAAAAUAUGAUGUUGUCUCCGCUGGAGGAGAAUGAUGCUCUAGCGUACCACAUCACCCUAGUGGAGCUGCUGGCAGCAUGCACCGAGGGCAAGAACGUUGAUACAGAGCUCAAGUGCAACUCACUUCUGCCGCUUGAUGACAUUGUCAAAGUGGUCACGUACGACGGCUGCAUUCCAGAGGUAAAAAUUGCAUAUGUAAAUUUCGUGAACCAUUGCUAUGUGGACACUGAGGUGGAGAUGAAGGAGAUCUACACCAGCAAUCACAUUUGGAAACUCUUUGAAAAUUUCCUUGUAGACAUGGCAAGGGUGUCUAACGGCCCCACAGACAGGAAGCAUGCUGAUACAUGCCUCGAAAAAUACGUCACUGAUACCAUCAUGGCCAUCGUCAAGGGCUUCUUCGGCUCGCAGUUCUCUGUCAGCAACUCGAACCUGCAGGCCCAUCAAGCAACUUUCAUUAAACUGCUGCAGUCAGCCUGCAGACUCUACAACUGCACCUGGCUCAACUCCCUGCAGAAGACUAACAUUGAGGGUUGCAUCAAAACCCUUGCUGACGUGGCUAAGAGCCGGGCAAUCCCCAUUCCAGUGGACCUGGACGGUCAGGUCAAUACCCUGUCACUAAAGACACACACCAGCAUGGUGCAGCGCGCAGUGAAAGACUGGAAGCUGUCAACCCGCGGCCGACCCCGUAAGGAGCCUUUUGGGGCCCAUGAUUACAGGAUAAUUGAGAAACUACAGGGAGUCAUUGUGUAUCUGGAGGAGCAGUUUAGUCCGCAGGUGCAUGCAGAGUUUUCUGUAUUAGUAGACGUGCUGCAAAGCCCAGAGAUGCUGUUUCCUGAGUCUGCGCAGCUCCGCAGUGAGGAUGGAGCCUUCAUGUCUAAGCUCAUCAAACACACCAAGAAACUGAUGGAGAAAGAGGAGAAGCUGUGUAUUAAGAUCCUGCAGACCCUGCGAGAGAUGCUGGAUAGGAAAGAAAUAUUCGAGGAAAAGCCAAGUUUCACACUACCGCCCGGAGGCAAAGCAGCUUUCCAGAUAACCAACCUCAAGCGGUUAAGCUCCUCACACACAUGCAGAUACAUACACAUCACUGCACACACAAUGCUGGGCCGGGGGUGGGAACGGGACAUGGAUUGCCAAGACAUUUUGGACAAUCAAGUCAAGUCGAGCUUUAUUGUCAUUCCACUACAUGUGUGGACAUACAGUGGAACAUACAACACUAGACAUCCCUUCAUCCUGAGUUCUCAGGGUAACACACUGAGGAAGAGUCUCCUUACACACUACUUUGGCAGCCAUCGGCCCCACGCCAAAGCCCUGGAGUACAGUGGCGGGAACAGCUCUUCCUCUGGAGGUGGUUCUCCAGGACAGGACUCUGAUAAGCCAGGCACUAGUGUAGUAGACAUCCAGUGUGCUCUGGACAACGUUGGAGCAUCCGAGCUGGUCAUCGACCUCAUCGUCAGCACUAAGAACGACCGUAUCUUUGAGGAGAGCAUUUUACUGGGCAUUGCACUCCUGAGAGGAGGAAAUACACAGAUUCAGAACUCUUUCUACAAUCAGCUGCACAAGCAGAAGAAGUCUGAGAAGUUCUUCAAGGUCUUCUAUGAUCGAAUGGAGCUGGCGCAGAAAGAGAUCCGCUCCAGUGUGUCAGUCAACAUGUUUGAGCUCAGCUGCAGGAAGAGAGAGGAGGAGGGCGAGGGCUCGGGAAUCAGAUAUAAAAAAGUUCGAGACUCCUUGCACCUCAGAGAAGACAUUCGGGGUCAGCUUAAAGACGCCUCCUCGGUCACCUCCAAAGCCUACAGCACCUUUCGCCGGGACGUGGACCCCGAGAUAGAGCCGAUGGGAUCGGGAGUGGAUGGGAUGGAGGAGGUGGUGGAGGAGACCCAGAUGAGCCAGGCCAUCACCAUCAUGAAACCCAUCUUACGUUUCCUUCAGCUGCUCUGUGAGAAUCAUAACAGGGACUUGCAGAACUUUCUGCGAGAUCAGAACAACAAAACCAAUUAUAACCUGGUGUGUGAGACGCUGCAGUUUCUUGACUGUAUCUGUGGCAGUACGACAGGAGGACUGGGGCUGCUGGGGCUCUACAUUAAUGAGAGGAAUGUGGACCUGGUCAAACAGACACUAGAGACCAUCACAGAGUACUGCCAGGGUCCUUGCCACGAAAACCAGUCAUGCAUAGCCAGGCAUGAGUCAAACGGCAUUGACAUCAUCAUCGCUCUCAUUGUGAAUCCAAUUGAUCCGCUGGGGAAGAACCGACUUGACCUUGUGCUGGAGCUGAAGAACAAUGCAUCUGAACUUCUUCUGGCCAUCAUGGAAAGUCGUCAUGACAGUGAGAAUGCAGAGAAGAUCCUGUACAAGAUGAGACCCAAUGAACUGAUUGACGUGAUCAAGGAGGCUUACGUUCAAGGAGAAGAGAGUGAGAUUGAUCAAGAGACAUCAGAUCAGACCAGACCUAAAGAUGUUGGCCACAACAUCUACAUCCUGGCCCAUCAGAGAUGUGGAUUCGGGUGGAAGUUAAAUUACCACAAAACCUUGGUUUUUGUCAAAAAACAGGCCAAAAGGGGCAGCAAGGUCAACGACUUCUUCCAGCAGUUUGAUGACCUCUACAAUGAGAUGAGGUGGCAGAAGAAAAUAAGAAAUAAUGCACCACUUUUCUGGGUGUCAAAACAUAUAUCUCUAUGGGGUAGUAUCUCCUUUAACUUGGCUGUGCUAAUCAACUUGGCUGUCGCUCUUUUCUACCCAUUUGGAGAUGAUGGAGAUGAAGGUGUCUUGCCACCAUUCUUGUCCAUCUUGCUUUGGGUGGCAGUGGUUGUGAGCACCUUCACGUUGUUUGUUCUUCCCCCGCGUGGAGGUAUCCUGGCGUUCCUGGUCACCGUCAUCUUCCGUUCUAUUUACACGCUGGGCUUAGGACCCACACUGCUGCUUCUGGGGGCCGCCAACCUGCUGAAUAAAAUCGUGUUCCUGGUUAGUUUUGUGGGGAACCAGGGCACAUUCACACGAGGGUACAAAGCAGUUAUCAUGGACGUCUUCUUCCUUCUGCAUGUCAGUUAUGUCAUCGUUUGCAUGCUGGGCCUGUUCGUACACGAGUUCUUCUACAGUAUUCUGUUGUUUGAUCUUGUGCGAAGAGAGGAAACGCUUCUAAACGUGAUGAGGAGCGUGACGAAGAACGGCCGCUCCAUCUUCCUCACAGCUGUUCUGGCUAUCAUCCUGGUCUACCUCUUCUCCAUUGUGGGCUUCCUCUUCUUUAAAGAUGACUUCCUCAUGGAAGUCGACCGCCUCCCUGCUUUAAAGAAGAUGAAUGUGAAGGAGUCUAUGAACUGCCUGAGUGAGACCUGUUCUAACUCCCCUUUUAAUUCUCACCACGUGGAAGAAGAGGAUGAAGAUGGUACAGAGCGCGUUUGUGACACCCUGCUGAUGUGCAUCAUUACGGUUCUGAACCACGGCCUGAGGAACGGAGGAGGAAUCGCAGAUGUUCUGCGCAAGCUCUCCAAAGAGGAGCCCAUGUUCCCGGCACGUGUCGUGUAUGACCUCUUGUUCUUCUUCAUUGUCAUCAUUAUUGUGUUGAACCUCAUCUUUGGUGUGAUCAUUGACACUUUCGCUGACCUGAGGAGUGAGAAACAGAGAAAGGAAGAAAUUCUGAAGACGACCUGCUUCAUUUGUGGCCUUGAGAGAGACAAGUUUGAUAACAAGACCGUGUCGUUUGAGGAGCACAUCAAGUCCGAGCACAACAUGUGGCACUAUUUGUACUUCCUAGUCUUGGUGAAGGUGAAGGACCCCACCGAGUACACGGGCCCCGAGAGCUACGUAGCCCAAAUGAUUAAGGAGAAGAAUCUGGACUGGUUUCCACGGAUGAGGGCCAUGUCUUUGGUAAGCUCUGAGGGAGAGAGCGAACAGAACGAGAUCCGAUCGCUGCAGGAGAGGCUGGACACCACCGUCGGUCUCGUGGCUCAGCUGUCUUCCCAGCUGUCUGAGCUUAAAGAGCAGAUGACAGAGCAAAGGAAGAAUAAACAGAGACUGGGCUUCCUGGGACCAUCACAGAUGAACCAUCAAGUCCCCCCUGCACACUGAGGACGACUCAUCGCACUUCUCCACACACACUCACACACAGAUGCUGAUGUUCACACCAUGAACAACACUACACUCAUGGUGAUACCACACUUUACAUCAUGACAUGACAGUUGUCCAGUUAGAUCCUACAGUCUUGAGCGUCGUUUUGUUAGUGUUUUCUCGUUUAGAUCUUAUAGACGGAGGACGUUUGGAAAUAUACAGAGUGUGUUUGUUUGGAAAAUCAUGAACCCUGUGCGUAUGAGGGCUCACAUCAGAUGACUCAAACAGUCUUUGGAAGGGCUGUCUGAAUUUUUUUUUUUUUUAAGCGUCAAGUAUUAACUCCCUCACAUUUUAAUUGUCCUGUCCAUAACUGGAGUAUUGCUGUAAUUCAAUGUGGGCUUUAGUCUGUGCUGGAAUAACUGGAAAGAUAAAGUGCCUUCAAACUAUUUAAUAGUUUUUUAUUAUUCAAAUUCACAAUUACUUUAAUGAAAGAUAUAAGACUUGGAAAUAUUAUCAUCUCAUAAUCAGACAAUCAUGUGACUGUUGGAAUCUGUUUGUCACCUUCUACAAAGACCUAAACGCUAGUCUUAACUCUUAAAUGAUGAUCAUUUUUAUUGUGUAUUUUAUGUUGGAGAUGUGUCUAGCAUAUUUGUGUUUGCCUUAUAUAAAGUU